AUGUCACAACAAUAUGGUGUUAUACGAAGAGACAGCAAAGUACCAUCAUGUACGUACAAUCGUCAUUUACGAUUCCGUUGAAUAUUGGAUUUUAGACUGAUGAACUUAAUAGAUGUAGAUAAAAGGAAUCAUGCAUAUGAUGCCUACUAUGUAGAAAGACAACCACAACACUCCCCUUCUAUGAAUCCUUCAGUGAAUGAACACAAUUUGCAAGUACAUCAAAUGCACACAUACGACCCAGGUAAGCAUCCUUUUCAUUUUCUGUCCUGGGAAGCUUAUGUAGCUAACUGGGAUGUAUGCAGAAAACUGGAAGUUUGUUCCGUUAGAAAAUGAAAAUGGGAGGGCCAUUGAUAAUCUCCUUCAACAUGGAGAGGUCAGACUUGAAGACUGGCGAAUUUCAGAGGAGCCCAAACUGAUGCCUGGAUUUUCAUUCCUACCAGGAGAGGUAAGUCUUUUCCGUACUCAAACGCCUCUCUUAUUCCAAGGUCAUACGUCAACGUUGGGUUUUGUAACCUCGUACAUAUCCUUUUUACUUAUAAAAUGCUAAUUGAACCAAUUCGCCUUAGAUCAGGAACAAAAUUUGGGAAGAGAGUUUGCCAGAACAUAAACUAGUGUGCAUUCAAUUUAUGAAUGACGAAAACAACAUUGAGUUUGCUGUUGAUCAAUAUGCAGACUCUCAUGAUACCAAUGAGCGUAUGUGAUCUUACAUCAUCUUCUCCUCCCUCUUCACAAAAUAAACUACGGAUGCAUGCUAACUCGGAAGGCUUGAAGACAUGUUCACCUGUCGAGGUUCCUGGAGCAUUUACCUAUCUCACUAUUCCAAUAUCCAACGAAACACGCAGACCGUAACCGACCCAAGAGACGACGCAAAUCACCUUCCAAACCGAAAGCCUAUAUAUGUCGACGGCGCAAGAGAUAUCGUAGUUCUCCCUCAAAGAGAAGAGAGUUUUCUUUUUGGGCCAAGCCUCUCGAGCCUGCAGCUGAGUUGCGUACAAAACCUUGCGGUCCCAUGGAAUCAAUGGUUCAUGAAUUUGAAUCAUUGGCUGCAUAUAUUCCCACUACUCGAAGACCUGACUGUUGUGUUGAAUACACAAUUACCUUACGUCGGUCCUACACAGCCACAGCCAGGUCCUCAUAGGCCUGAUCUUGUAUGGAAACCCCUCCUGCUUCAGGUGACCUCGAAAAUUUCACAUUACACAGACAUUUCAAACUUUCGAGGUCCUCCAGUAGAUGGCGAACCUCCGUGUGUCAAGACAUGGCAGGAGUCUUCCAAAAAUGUAUACAAGACUUUGAAACCGCAAUUCCUGGCGUCUCAUCGAGUUUUGUGGGAGAAAAUCAACUUCGAGUGCUGCAUACUAGGCACAGAGUUUUGUGAAGAAUGGUGGUAUGCUGCGCUAUUGGGGCUGGCCCCAAGAGAGGGGUCGUUUACCCAAACUACAGAGAAAGUCGCAUACUGCACCAUCAAGCUGAUUGCUCAACGCUUCGCGGUUCAACCCGUAUGUUUUCAUUACUAUAACUCAAUGCUAGAGUCAGCCUGGUAUGCUAUUAACCUACAAGAAGAUAUAG